CAAACAUCUCCCACCCAUCCACCCAUCCCACCUCUCAACUCACCCAUGAUCAAUCAUGCCUCGAGAGAUCAUCACCAUUCAAGCAGGCCAGUGUGGUAAUGCAAUAGGUUCACGGUUCUGGCAACAAUUAUGUCAAGAACACGGCAUCAGCAGAGAUGGCAAUCUCGAGGACUUUGCGACGGAAGGCGGUGACCGCAAGGAUGUUUUCUUCUACCAGAGCGACGACACUCGAUACAUUCCACGAGCAAUCUUGGUCGACCUCGAGCCUCGAGUCAUCAAUGGCAUUCAGACCGGCCCCUACAAGAAUAUCUACAACCCCGAGAAUUUCUUUGUCGGCGAACAUGGCAUGGGCGCAGGCAACAACUGGGCCGCAGGGUAUGCCGCCGGUGAGAGAGUGCAAGAAGAAAUCUUCGACAUGAUUGAUCGCGAGGCCGACGGCAGUGAUUCUCUGGAGGGCUUCAUGCUUCUGCACUCAAUCGCCGGUGGUACAGGAUCAGGGUUGGGAUCAUACUUGCUGGAGCGAAUGAAUGACCGGUUUCCAAAGAAGAUCAUCCAAACAUAUUCUGUCUUUCCAGAUACUGCAAUUGGCGACGUGGUGGUGAACCCAUACAACAGUCUUCUCACGAUGCGACGACUGACCCAAAAUGCCGACUCAGUGGUGGUACUCGACAACGGUGCUCUUUCGAGAAUUGCCUCGGAGCGAUUGCAUGUUCAAGAACCCUCGUUCCAGCAAACUAACCAACUGGUCUCCACCGUCAUGUGCGCCUCCACGACCACGUUGAGGUAUCCUGGUUACAUGCACAAUGACCUUGUUGGAAUCAUCGCGUCACUGAUUCCUACUCCUCGAUGUCACUUCCUCAUGACAGCAUAUACUCCCUUCACUGGUGACGACGCCGAAGCUGCCAAGACUGUACGCAAGACGACGGUUUUGGAUGUCAUGCGCCGACUGUUACAGCCCAAGAACCGGAUGGUGUCCAUUACCCCCUCGAAAUCUUCCUGCUUCAUUUCCAUCUUGAACAUCAUUCAAGGCGAGGCCGACCCCACAGACGUCCACAAAUCACUUCUACGCAUCCGUGAGCGUCGCAUGGCAAACUUUAUUCCCUGGGGCCCUGCUUCAAUCCAAGUUGCUCUAACCAAGAAAUCGCCCUACCUACAAAACACCCAUCGAGUCUCAGGGUUGAUGCUGGCCAACCAUACCAGUGUGUCCACCCUCUUCAGGCGAAUAGUGGUACAAUAUGACAAGAUGAGGAAGCGAAACGCAUAUCUUGAGCAGUACAAGAAGGAAACCCCUUUCUCUGAAGGACUCGGGGAGUUUGAUGAGGCAAGAGAAGUCGUCAUGGGAAUGAUCGGUGAAUAUGAGGCGGCCGAGAAGGACGACUAUCUCGACCCCGAUGCAGGAGAGAAAAGAGCAGAUGGAACAUGAGUUUCGUGUACCGAGGAUAAGCCUCGAUGCUCCGCUAUGAUCAGAACCUGUCACGAUCUUGAACGAACCAGUUGGCUUUUGGACCACGUAUUGAAUUGACAUUGUACACUUGAAAGACCAAGUACAGGCGGAGUUCUCGAAUAGGACGGUCGGUGUGCCACUCAGUCAUGAUUCGCUCUGCAACGUGGCACAGGCAGAAUAACGAGCUUGUCCAUACGACACGCUAGUUCAGAGUUCCGAAGCAUCGGCGCAUUAUGACCAGGGCUCUGAGCAGGCGGAGAAAUGUUUGAGGUCCUGUUGACAAACAUCGAUCGACCAAGGCUGCGAAGAGAUCCACCUCCGGGUUAUCUGCGUUGUGCAUAUGCAGGCGACGAUCUAAUUCUACGGCUCGGGUCAGUCACAGUUGAGCACAUGACUCUGUCCAAUGUCUAGACAAAAGCAAUAUGGCCAUGUGAGUGCCAACAUUACCGAGUUCCAACACUUCAACGAUGAACGAUAAGACUUGUUAAAACAACCGCUGCCGAAGAACACAUGCCAUCCCCCAAGCUGAACCACAAAUAUCAACCUAGGGAAUUAUCCGCAUGCUGACAGGAGGUGGCGAGAUGCAAUGCUAUAGUAGACCAGAACACUUGUUUGCGCUUGUUUGGGCACAGCGAGAUAGGCACAUGCGGACAAUUGAUGGAAACGGACUAGCCCCAGGUGGAUUGUUGGGUUGCAUUUUGACACCUUACUGUCUGCCAAAGACUGGCUGGACUGUGUCGAUCCUGCUCUUGUUCGGGAUGGAACUUUGUCUGAAAGCGCAGGCCCUGACCGCAUGCGAAUGCCUCAGAUGGUGCAAAUCUAGCUUUCGUCGGAAUCGAUGAAGUCUGGAUUGGUUGUCCGUGCCCUUGGGCCACGAGGAGUCUGUGCUCGCAGACACCGAACUUCAAACAGGCGUGUGCCGCAGUUUUACUAUGGAGUAGGUCAUCAAUAUGCUGAAGAGAGGAUCAGGGUUUAUACCAUAAUGGUGCCAUAUGGCAUUUCCC